AUGAAUGUGAGUGUUACUAUAAAAGGGAAUUUGUCUAAUUCCAGUAGCGAAAAAAAUAAGAAUUCUUCAAAAAAAAACGAGGCAUCUGUUUUUUUUAAACUGAAGAAAGAGAAUUUAGAUAAAAAAAAAAUAAUAAAAAAUAUUAUUGUGCGCAAAGAAAAGAAUAAUUUAAAUAAAAAAGGUACAAGUAACAAUACAUCAAAUUCUUUUUCAAAAAGAAAUAACAUAAAGCUAUCUGGAGAUACUCAUGCACGACAUGUUAUAAAUGAGAAGAAAAAUAUAUCCGAAAAGAAGAAUAGCUUUACAACCAAAUAUGAUUCUAAAAAAUCAUAUUCCAGUAAAAAAUCUAGCCUUUUAAAUAAAUUGCCAUCUAGCGAAAUUACUUUAAAUAAUAGUAACUUGAAAUUUUUUGAAAAAAAAAAAAGUAAGGACAAACAAAAUGUAAUUAAUAAUAUAAAUGGUAGUAAGUUGAUAAAUUAUGUAGAUAAAUUAUAUACAAAUAAUGAUAAUAUUAAUAUUAAUAAUAAUAAUAAUAAUAAUAAUAAUAUAAAUGAGAAAAAGAGUUCCAACAUAUUUCCAAAAAAUAUUCAGAAAAAAAACAAAACAAAUUCUUCAAACAAUUUUAAUACAUCUAACGUAAAUAAAAAAACUUAUAAGUUAGGAAAUGUAUUAGCACAACCUGAAAAAUUCAUAAGAAAGAAAAAAAACAAAAUUAUCAAAAAUUUAAAUUCAUUAAAAAGAAAUAUAGACAUUAUAAUGAAGUGUGAAGAAGAUCAAAAUAUAUUGGAGGAACAUAUGUCAUCUGUAUCAUCAUCAAAUGAAAAAGAAAAAAAUAAAAAUGGUAUAGAACAAAAUGAAAAUAUGAUAAGAUUAGAAAAAAAUGGUGAUGAUAAUAUAACCAAAGGACAAAUACAUAUGAAUGACAAUGGUGAUGAAAUGAUAACAUUUCAUGACAAAAAAAAUAUAGAAAAAAAUACACAAGAAACAGAAACAAAUAUAUUUCAAGAUAAUACUGUUGAAACAAUAAAUAAUGGGUAUAUUUGUAAGGACGAAAAAAUGUCAUCUCCAUAUUUUAUAGAAGCUACUUAUGAUAAGAAUACAGACAUUUUUAAUAAAAAAUAUUAUGAUAAUAAUAAGGAGACAAAUAAUUUAUUAUUACCUGGUUAUAAUAAUGUCACAUUUGAAAAUCUUAAUGAAAAUAACAAAAUGUAUAAUAAUAAAAAUAUGAAUCUUGAAUAUGAUACUAAUAUUGAAAAUGAUAAUAAUUCAAUAUCAAAUAAUAUAUAUGCAACUAAUAGUUCAUUCCCACCUUAUAAAUUUAUAUCUUAUUUAAGACCAAAAUUUUUACCAAAUGCUUAUAAUUUAAAAAACCAUGAAAUAUUAAAUAAUUUUUUAUUUACAUCUGCUGAUAUAACAAGUGGCACUAUACAUCAACAAUAUAAUAUGACAGUUACUUAUCCGUAUGGAGUUCCUUAUAUUAAUAUGAAAAAUAAAAUCAACAAAAGGUAA